AUGCUCGACGAGGUAUGCCGUCGAGACAAGAAUUUUGCUGGCUAUCGCUGGUCUUAUUUUUCUUCGCUUGGCGAUGGUCCUCUGCGAUCACGGGCCGAGAGGUUCUUGGAAUCGAUUGACUGGGCUGCACUCGUACGAUUUGUUUUGGCGGGUAGAGAUGGGUUGGAAUGCCGUUUAUUACCGCACAUCGGCCUAGGACAGAACCACAUGGUUCGGGUCGUGGAGUUCGCCGACCAGGUCCGAUGGCUGGCGAGACUCCGGUUGCCACCUUUACAAGAGAGCUGCGCUGAGGCGCGGGGUACCAUGGAGAGCGAGUGCAGGACAAUGUGUUUUGUUCAAAAGGAGAGCCAGAUACCUGUUCCUCGGGUCCAUAUGAUCGAGUGCGAUCCAGACUCCAGCGUGGGAGCACAGUUCAUGCUUAUGGACUGUCUCAGGGGAAAUUCUGGAAUUGAUUUGAGUCUGAGCCUUCCUCCGGAGCAUAAGUUGGAUGUUUAUUCUAGCAUGGCGAAGAUACAGAUCGAGAUGUUCAACAUCCGGCUACGAAAAAUCGGAAAGAUCGUUGGAAUCAACGAUGAUGGAUCGUAUCGACUCGGGCCGCUGCCUACUCUUGGUGGACCAUUCGACACUGCCGCCGACUUUUUCAGAGCCUGGUCCACCAAGGUUGAAUUCGGUCUCCCCGAAGACCAGCUUCAAAACGCAGCUGGUUCGUAUGCUAGUGAGAUACUGUCCUCUAUGAAGACAGUUAAAACCCUAGUGCAUGAUAAUGCAGAGAGAUUGUCUGUUUAUAAUGAGGGGCCAUUUCCGUUAUGUCAUGGCGACUUUGGUCAUAACAAUAUGGUGUUUGACGAUGAAUACCACUUGCUUGGGGUUAUCGAUUGGGAGACCGCAUAUGCAGGACCGUGUGAAAUGUCAGGUGAAUUUCCCUUGACCAUAUCGAUCGUCCCGCCUGCUAUGGAUGUCCCAUGGAAGUAUGACGAGGCUGGGUACCCGAAAGAGGCAGAGAACAGGCAAAAGCUCACUGAUAGGGAUGAUUAUGUUGCCAUUGUUAAACAAAUAGAGGCGGAACGAGGGCUAACUGACGGAUACUCCCUAUCCUCCGCCCUGCAGGCUGCUAAACGGCAGUAUCUAGCCACCGCCAUGCGACUGUUCCAACGUGGAAAACCGGGGUGGUAUUCCAAGGUGAUGGAAAGCUUCAAUCAUGAUCAGAUCACCUGA